CGGCGGUUCGCUCGGAACGACUAAACGAACGCACACACGCAUGACGUCACCACUUGUCUUCCUGGUUGCUUUGCCUUCGUCAUUUACCCGCGUUUGUUGAACAGCCCAUUUUGUUUGGCGGGAUUAACCUUAGAGGAGCAAACUACUAUCUUAUUGGCCACUAUGCAGUUUUCUGGCAGAAGGAAGAAGCUCAGUCCCAGCUGUCAGGCUGAUCUUUAUGAACAAGCGCUGCAGUUCUACGGGCAGCCUCCUCUUGAAAACAUCUCCCUGUCUGAGUUUGAGUCAUUUGCUGUAGACAGGAUGAAAUUGUUAAAGACUGUCGAAAAUUUGGGUGUGAGCUUUGUGAAGCUGUCAGAUACGUACAAAAACAAACUGGAAGCUGAGUCUAAAAACCUCAAAUUAUCUCCGAGACAAGACAAUGGACUGAGUGAACACGAGAAACGAAGAAAGGACCAUAUCUCCCACUUCAUUCUUAGACUUGCCUACUGCCAAACGGAGGAUCUGAGACGCUGGUUUAUACAACAGGAAAUUGACCUCUUCCGUUACCGCUUUGGUGAACUUAAUUCAAAACAAAAACUGGAAUUUCUCCACAAGAAUAAUCUGCAAUACGACACAAUUAGUGUCGAAGAGAAGCAGGCUCUGUCAAAAGAAAUUGUCAACUCCAGUUACGCAGUCAGUGGAGUCAAAGUGGAGGAUCAGGACGUCUACAAAGUUCCAUUUCAAGAUGCUCUGGAUCUGGUGCGAACAAGGAAAGUGUACCUCAAGGCUGGCUAUGCUUACAUACCUCAUCAGGACAUUGUCACCAUUGUUCUUAAUGAUUUUCGCACAAGGUUGUCUAAAGCUCUUGCAUUGACAGCCCGCUCCCUACCAGCAGUGCAUUCUGAUGAACGGCUCCAGCCGCUCCUUAACCACCUCAGCCACGCCUAUGUGGGACAGGAUUACAGCAUCCAGAAGAACGUCGGAAAAAUCUCCUUGGAACAAAUUGAUUCGCUUUCAGGAAAGUCCUUCCCUCUGUGUAUGAGACAGCUCCACCAGUCUCUCAGGGAGAACCACCACCUCCGCCACGGCGGGCGUAUGCAGUAUGGCCUCUUCCUCAAAGGCAUCGGCCUCUCUCUGGAGCAGGCGCUGCAGUUCUGGAGGUCAGAGUUCAUAAGAGGCAAAGUGGAUGCAGACAAGUUUGACAAAGCGUAUGCCUACGGCAUCCGCCACAUGUUUGGCAAAGAAGGCAAGCGGGCGGACUACACUCCCUACAGUUGCAUGAAGGUGAUUUUGUCAAACCCACCCAGCCAAGGCGACCAUCAUGGGUGUCCGUUUCGUCACAGUGACCCUGAGCUGCUAAAGCAGAAGCUUCAGUUCUACAAGGUGUCACCCAGUGGAAUCAGUCAGGUUCUGGAGCUGGUUAAAGGAAUGCACUAUCAGCUGGCGUGCCAGAAGUACUUUGAGCUGACACACAACGUUGAGGAUGCCAAUUUCUCACUCAACCACCCCAACCAGUAUUUCAUAGAGAGCCAACGAGCUUUGGGUGGAGGCAAGGAGUCGAAGCGAGAGGCCGACGCUCCACAGAGGUCACAGGAAAGCUCAGCUGCCAGAGGAUCCACUGCAGCUCAAGAGGCAGCGGCAGCAGAUGCCUCUCAGAAUUUGGCUGAGAUGACAGAGGAUCUAGACUCUUUCUUUAAUGAUUCCUGAUUUGUUUUUCCCUCUAUUCCCCCUUUUAUACAUGUAGAAUUUGUUUAUCUUGGGUUAAAGGUUGCUGAGUUUUUCAUAAUAUUGAAUAUUAAAAUCACAUCAGUCACUUUGCUUCAUUUUGAAGUUUCCUUUAAAUACAGAACAUUAGCGUGACGCUAUUAAAAGCUCGUCGUCACACUUCAGCGGAGUUUUCUACCUGAGAAAAUCCUUGUUAAUGUCUCUCACCACCAUUUUUCAUUUGAAGCCAUGCAUUUAAAGUCACUCCCUCUACUUUAUUUGUGUUCACUGUGGUCUGAAGUCAGAUGGCAAAUACCCAGUGUCGGUGCACAGUGUUUUGGCAGCGACGUGGUUUUGGGGGUGAUGACUAGAACAUUUCCCAGCUGUCUCAGAAACAAUGUCAUUGUAUUUGCUGGCAGGGGUGUGGAUGAAUGGUGGCAGGAGGAUGGAUGAAAAUAAACAAUUUCCACAGUUGUA